GGAUUGCCCCGGGACCACCCUGGGACCACCCUGUCCCCCCCUGUGACCCCUGAUCCCUGUGCCCCCCCAGGGGGUGUCCCCAAGGCCGUGGGGUCACCCCAACGCCGGGCUCUGGCCGAGGGGGACGUGGUCAGCUGCUGCCUGGACCUGGGGGUCCCCAGCGCCUCCUUCCGCCUCAACGGGGCCCCGGUCCAGGGGGUCCUCGAGGGCUUCAACCUCGACACCCUCUUCAGCCCCGUGGCCAGCUUCUCGGCGGGGGUCCGGCUGCGCUUCCUGCUGGGGGCGUUCU